UUCCUACGUUUUAUCUGCGCUGUAGGAACAAUUUUCUAACUCUGGGGCAUCAUCGCAAGCUCAGAGCCAAUUUCCCAAUUCUUCUCGCAUUUGUUGAUGGAGUCAGGGUUUAUUAAUCUUCGUGAGAAUCGCUGCAUUCACACGCUGUAUUGGGGGGGGGGAUGUGUUUGUUAUUUUUAUUUUUGAUUUUUUAUUUUGUUCUCCGUGUUCCUGUUCUUACUGUAUUGAUAUUGUUUUCUUCCUCUGGAGUUUCUGAAAUGGUGGUGAACUAAGAUCGUGAUCAAAGGUCGGAUCGAUUUUUCGGAGGGAGAGAGGGAAGGGAGGAUUGAGGGUUGAGAGUUGAAAAGUUUGAGUGUAGUUGGGUUGGUGAGGUUUAGGGUUUAGUGUUUGAGAAGAUGGCGGGUAUGGGGAGCAUGGGUUCUCGUUUGUUGGGGAGAGGAGGAAAGAGUGGCGAGGAUGAAGUUAUGUGGGGAAGGUUGGGUGUUGGGGUUCAUCGCGAUUUUUGGAUCAUUGCAGCAGCUGAUGGAGAAUGGGGUUGAUGCGGAGGCGAUAACAAAUGAUCACCUCAGCGGGGGACUGGUGGACGUCAUUGGGACGACUGAAGAGCUGGAGAUGGACGUGAGGAGUGACAAGAUGCAUGAAGUUCAAGAGCUUGGCAAUGGCAGACACGAACAGUUCGAGCGUGAUGAUGAUCAUGUUGAAAAUUCUGUUCAUGAUGCGAUGAUGCUGGAGGAGACCAGGGGAGGCAUUGGUGCCGAGCAUCAAGAAUCUGGGGUGAUGGAAGGGGAGGAGGAUCAUAUGGGAUUUGACGAGGAUACGCGGAUAGAUGGGAUUGAAACAAGCAAAGGGCAAGUUGAUAAACAUUACAAGGAGGGCCCUUGGGAUGUAUUGGAGAUGCUUGUGUUGGUAUCUGCGAUGAAGGAAUACGCAGAGACGGUGGGUGACCACCCUCUGGAAGACCACAUUAGUGAACAGGAGAAGUGGCAUUCCAUAGAAAGUUACUGUUUGGGUCAACUUGUGCUACGCAGUGCUUUAGAUUGUAGUGAGAAGUGGGCGUGCUUGAGUGUUGAGUUUAAAAGGAUCAAAGACUUCGAAAGUAACAUGGUGCAGGAUCAGAUAUCCUAUUGGGAAAUGACUUAUGAUGAACGGCGUAAUUUCCAUCUUCCAGGCGAUUUUUCGCAGGAGGUUUAUAAUGCGCUGUGGCAUUGGGAUGAUAGGGACCGAAUCGGUGAAAUAGGGGCUCCUGUAAUCCUAGAAGACGAGAUCAAUAUUAUUAAAGAACGAUCAUCAUUUGGUUCGAUUGUACGAACAAGAAAACGGUCAGAUCGUGGAGAAUAUCAAGUUUCUCGAAAAGUCUCUCGAGGGGAGGGUAGCAUAGAGCCGUCAUUUCUUGGUUCCCAGCUACUGAUGCUUGAUAAUCAGCAAAGUUCACUUGCACUCGUCGAGACACCGCAAGAAAUACUUCCAUCGGAGGACGAUGUAGUUUGGAACGCUCAAUUUUCUCAACUUCGUGCCAAUCAAAACUUUUGGGCCCCGCAUGGACGAGCUUCUGCAACAUGGGCCUUUUAUGUUGUGAACGAUAAUUCUGAACCCGACUCUGCACGUCCUCAGCAAAUGCGUUGUGCUAUUUGCCAUCCUGCUCAACAAGAGCACCGACCAAAUAGUGCUACGCGAGUGAGGAAGGGUGUUGUAACUUACAACAAACAGCACGGGACAACGUCUAUGAAAAAACAUGUAGCACAAGAACAUGGGGAUAUUUUUACCAAGUACAAGGCAACGCGCAUGUCAAAUGCUACUACACGGGCAGAAUUCCAACAUUCAAGGAGGAUGAAGAAUGAUCCUUUGCCUUCUAUAAUAUCCGAUAUUUUGUACAAUCAAAAUUCCAACAAGAAAUUCGACCCGGCGCAGGAAAGACUUCUGGAGGAUCUGGUUCUGUAUGUGGCAAAAGGUUGCCAUCCCAUGUCUGUGGUUGAGAAUGUCUGGUUGAAAAAGUUGGUCAUGAACAGGCAAUUUGGCCGUGUGAGUUUUCCCUCUAGCCGUCAAUUAACUGAUGAAGUCAUUCCUCGUGUGGUUUCUCAAAUUAUAGAGAAGAAUAUCUUGCCUUCAUUACGUGGUUGUGUGUCUGCUACGGUAACUUUUGAUCUGUGGAUGUCACGAAGAGGCGUCAACAGCAUCGCUACGGUAGUUCAUUUCAUCAACGAGUCAUGGGAGACCUGCCAUGUAACUAUAGGUGUGUUGGAGGCGUCUGUUAUCGCCGGAGAAGAGCUUGUCAUGGAAGUGAAAGAUCUCCUAAGUUCCUUUAACUUGAUGGACAAGAUCAUUGCCUUUGUGGUAAAAGACGAUGAUUCAAGGCUCACUUCACUCGCCGAGGCACUUUCAAAGAAGGUAGUAUGUUCUCCGCUCCAGUUAUCUGAGCCAUACACAGGGACUUGCUUUGGAAACGUGCUGUCUAAAGCAUGUGAAAACACUACGACUGACGAGAAGGCAUGUGAUGGUUUGAGGGCAGUUAGCAUUGAAGCGGCUAUAUCCUCUUUGAGAAGGAGUAUUUCUUCGACCUCUAGGUCAGCGAAGAGAAGGCUUGAAUGGAUGAAAGCCUGUGCUGAUGUUGGUCUUCGGCCUCGCAAGUUAAGAGCACCUGUAAAGGGAAGGUUCGCUUCUAAAGUGAUUCUUUGUCAGGAGGCUUUGGAUUACCAGCCUGUAUUACAGUUGUGUUCCGCUUCCCAGAGCGACGGCAUGUUCUUCGAUGUUCCUAGCGUGGAGACGUGGGCUAUUGCAAAGGCUGUCACUGUUGCUCUUAAUCCUGUGCUUCAACAAUGUGUUAUGAACCGGAGUAAAGGUUACUGGUUGUUAUCUGAUGCCAUAGCUGCUGCGCUUAGUUUGUAUUUACAACUGCAUAAGGAAACGAUCAACAGGAGCUUGCCCGACCCAAAAUUAGAUCCACAUUUUGAGUCCGAACUGGAAGUUCUACAGGUUCGGUUGGUGCAAGAGGUGAUGAGUACUCUAUCACUUUCCCUUAAUUUUACGCUUGAUUAUUCAGCCAAGCAUUCGCACAACAUGCUGGCGUUAAUGUUGGAUCCACGUUACAAGGGGCUCAGUCUGCUGAAAGAUUAUGUGGGCAGGGAUAUGGCUUUGGCGGUUGUGGCUGAGGUUGACAACCGGGCCCUUCUUCCCUGUUUGGUAACUGUUUUUAAGCAAUUGAAUCCGUCCAGUGUGGAAAACGUUUCAGCACUGAGCCCCACUUCUAAGGAUUUCUUUGAUGAGAAUUCCUUGUUUGGAUCAUCAGCCUCACAUGAUGAGGCAAUAGUCGGUCAUUUGAAAGCAGAGCUGUCUUUAUUUAGGAGGCUACGUAUUGAUUCCAAGGAAUGUGAGAACCCAUUGGCAUGGUGGAAGGACAGGGAGGUUCAGUUUCCAAACGUUGGUUUUCUUGCAAGGCAGAUUUUGGGGAUCGUAGGGUCUCAAGUUGAAACAGAAAGGAUAUUUAGUAUUGUGGGGGUGAUCACAGAGAUACACCGCCGCCAUCUAGGUACAGACAAUCUCGACAAGUUGGUUCUGAUUCGUGAGAAUUGGAAAGAUGAUUCUAGAGCAGGUUCAGAGUAUCCAGCAGCAGGUCACAAAAUGGUGGAUUCAGUGCUAGAAAACUACCUCCUGGGCGAGGAAAACAUCUUAGACGAGCAUGAAGACCUGCUAAUGGAGGCAGUUUUGUUUGAUGACUAGAUGUCACUGCUAGCAAUGUUCACUAAGAACAUCUAAUUCUGACCAGCCGACCUUCGCAAUCCCAAGCUCUGGACGGCAGAUGUACAUUCCCAUUUUUAUUUCCUUGGUAGUUUCUCUUUUCUUUUUAUUUCAUUUUAUUUUACUUAAGGUUUUCCUUGAGCCAUUUUUUUAUUGUUUUCUACGGA